AUGUCCCCGGAGCAACGCCUACACAACUCGCUGCGGGCGGUUUUGAGGGUAACUCUUUCCCAGGCGGAAGGAGAGACGCUGCCUUCAGGGUUCGUUUAUGUGGGUGAGGCAGUGGAUGGCGACGCCCUGCUCGCGGAGGACAUAUUGCCGGAGGUCGUUUGCGCGAGGCUUGGCGCGCCAGACCCCCAAGACCGAGGCAUAGGGUUCCUGGCGGGAGCCUUUUCCCGAUGUCAAGACGAGCUGCAGUCCGUACGCCGUAGGGCCGGCAAAUCGGACGUUGCCCUUGCACUCAAGGGACUCGAGGCUGCCAGAACACAGCUGAUCAACUUCAGCGCGACGUGUCUCAUGGAGGCGUGUAAGUCGGCGUCGGAUCCAUGGCUAGCCCCCUGCGCAGGGCUGACAAGUCUGCUGCAAGCGUCGAAGAAGGCCUGCGACGUUGCUGUCAAGGCGAAGGGGUUUGCACUUCCGAAGGAAGGAACGCCGGAGGCUGCACCGGUACCGGCUCCCGUUCCGACGGGGCCGAACGCUCUCCAGAUGCUGCUCAUGCAGGGGGGUGCGCGGAAUCGCAUGGUCAGCCCCAGAUCGGGGCCCAUGGCAGCGAACAACACGGUGCUCGGACGAAUUCUUCGUAUAGGCUUCCCUGCGACGGAUCCGCUAGCGACGGAUAGCUUCGACAAAGUCUACCGCCGCGGCCAGCCGGGCAUCAAUUCCGCCCUGCAGACGGUGCGGGGACGGUUGAAGGUGGUCCACUCCGUGGCAUCGGGGAUCGUCAUGCUCCUCGUCAAAGCUUCCGUCGAGUCUCGCAAAGCUGUGGUGGCGUGGUUUGCCGACGCUCUGCUGGUCAACACGCCCGCGGAGGCUUCUAACCCCGACCCUCUCAAAGCCGCUAGCCCCGAGUUCUUGAUGAACAUGAGCGUGGCACUGCUGGGCCUGGCGAUGCCAAUCGUUAGGGACGAAGGGAAGUUCAAAAAGAUCGACGCCGCGUCGUUCUUGUCCAGCAAAGCCGCCAUUCGAGACCUUUUCCCUGACGACACCACCAUGCUCGUCACAAGAACACCUUCAUCGGCAUCACCAUCAGACUCGCCCGAGGAAGGCGCGAGUAGCACCGCCGAUGAGGGGGGCUCCGCGGCUGCGGCUGCGGUAACGGGGGAGGGGGGGGCAGGAGGGGUGGGGGGUGGGAAGGGGGUCCCGCUGGUUGAGCUCAAGAGUUUCACGACGCAGGCGUUUUUCACGUGCUGGAGGGCGUUGCACCUCGGCCUCUUGCAGGUGAUGGGCAGACACGAUCGGCUUCAUCAGCAGCUUGCUCACCUGUCGAGGGAGAUGGGCGACCCGGGCAGCCCUAACCCAGAUCCGCAGAUGGACAUGCACUUCAACAUGUUCGUCCAGAGGAAGCUGGUGGCUGAGGUAGUCAUCUCGGACCCAGACGUCCUCGCCGACUCCCUCAUGUUCAUGGUGAAGGCCGGGUCGUGGUUGACAGAGUUCGUAUCGAAAGAGGCCGGCGUCGCCAUCGACUCCUCGGAGCACGAGAUCUCCUCCCGGGGCUCGCUCGCGGGACUGUCAGAGGAUUCAUUGGUGUGGCAGUUGCCGGAACAUCUGAUCGAGGAUAUCCUUGAGCUCAUCCUGUUCCUCACGAACCAUCAUCCCCAGACCUUGGGGACUAGCCAGCUGUACCCGUUGAUGACCAUGGUGGUGUUCUUCUUGGCACACCCUUCGCUGGUGAAAUCCCCCCACCUACGAGCAUCUCUGGGCGACGUGCUGUACAAGACUUUCCUUCCGAGGUCGGAGCGGGGCAACGAAGACCCCUACGGUGCGCCGUUGGGAGGCGAUGCGCACACGGGGCUUCUGUACUCUCAUCCCCUAGCGCAGAAGCACCUCGCGCCGUCGCUGCUUCUGCUCUACGGAGAUGUGGAGCACACCGGGUUUUACGAGAAGCUCACGCACCGGUUCUACAUCGCCGCGGUACUUAAGUACCUCUGGAGGAGCAAAGAGCACAGGUCAACGUUCAGGCGCAUCUCGCAGGAUACGGGAAAGUUCGUCCGUUUCGCGAACGGCCUCAUGAACGAAAGCAACUCCUUGGUGGCAUCGGUGAUGGAAAAGCUGCCUGAGGUGCGGGCGGUGCAACUGCAGAUGCGAGACCCUGCGCAGUGGGGUGCGAUGACGGAGACUCAACGGAACGAGAUUGCGGAGAGACACGAUGAGAAUGAGAGAUCGCUCAAGUCCAACCUCAGCCUGUGCAACGAGACCCUUCACAUGGUGGCCUACCUCACGUCGGACCCCGACAUUCAGAAGCCAUUCUUGAGGGAGGAGCUCCUGCUGCGGCUGGCCGAGAUGCUGCUGUGCGUUCUCAAACAGCUCAUCGGGUCCAAGGGACUGGAGAUCAAGGUGGACAACCCCGAGAGCUACAACUUUAGACCCAAGGAGAUGCUGAGAGAGAUCUGCACCACAAUCUCGCAGUUUUCGACCCAACCCGGCUUCCACAAGCAUCUGGCCAUGAGCGGGUACUACCAGGAAGACUUGCUUCCCAAGGCGACUUCGACGAUGCGCCGCCUUCAGCUACUGCCAGCCUCUUCAAUGGCCGACAUGGACAGCCUUUGCAGCGCUGUGAUCGAGGCGAGGGCCUCGUACGAAGCUUCGGAGGCAUCUCUGGGCGAAGUCCCGGACGAGUUCUUGGACCCAGUUCUCUGCCACGUUAUGCGAGAUCCUGUUCUUCUGCCCACCAGCGGAACCAUCUUGGAUAGGUCCACGAUCGUCCAGCACUUGCUCAACGACAGCAUGGAUCCUUUCAACCGGCAGCCUCUCACGGAGGACAUGGUCGAGCCACAGACCGAGCUUCGCGAACGCAUCGAAGAGUUCCUUGCACGGAGAGGAAGCCAGUCUGGUUGAUCAGCGGCUUUUGCCCAAGCUGCUGCUGUGGACCAUGCACAAGGGAGAACCAAAAUUAUCCCCCCAGCGGCAUGAAGAGUCUGAGAUGUUUGUCUCUACGGCAUAUUGAGGUGUCGACAUACCCUUCGAUGUUGUCUUCGUUCAUGACAACUUCCUGUGUUGCAGUCCUGUGUGGGAGCCUCCUUCAUUGACACGAUCGCUGGAGAAUGUUGUCUUUUUCAAGUGUUUUUUGUCUCUGUUCUAACAAGAAACUAUAGGU